AUAAAAGCCUUCAAACAUUAUUUGGGGUAUCACAGAAACUUUUGUCGCCGUCGUUAGACAGAAGAAAGAGAAAACGUGCAGAGAUGGGCUACUUUCCAUAUUUCUCAGCCGAAACGUGGACCAUUCUGGUGUCCCUCAUCACACUGAUCUUGGUGUAUGCCUACUGGCCAUAUGGAGUAUUUAAGAAAUUAGGCAUCCCUGGUCCCAAACCAGUCCCCUUUUUCGGUACUAUGUUGGCCUACAGAAAGGGAUUCACUAACUUUGAUCAGGACUGCUUCAAUAAAUUUGGAAAAACAUGGGGCAUUUUUGAUGGUCGUCAGCCUGUGCUGUGUGUAACAGAUCCUGCCAUGAUCAAAACCGUUCUGAUAAAGGAGUGUUACUCUUUCUUCACCAACCGCAGAGUAUGCAUACACACUAUUCUAUACAACUCAGUCUUAUUCAGUCACUCAUUAUGGUCGCUGUUUUUAUGCAGAUGUUUUAUAAUUCCCCUACAGAAUACCCGCCUGAACGGGCCUCUGUACGAUGCUGUGUCCAUCGCUGAGGAUGAUCAUUGGAAGAGGAUUCGCAGUAUCCUUUCUCCCUCUUUCACCUCUGGAAGACUGAAGGAGAUGUUUGACAUAAUGAAGCACCACUCUGCUAACCUGGUCAGCAACAUGAAAAAGAAAGCUGACAAAGAUGAAUCAUUGGACUUGAAGGAGUUCUUUGGUCCCUACAGUAUGGAUGUAGUAGCCAGCACUGCCUUCAGUGUAGACAUAGACUCACUCAACAACCCCGCAGACCCCUUUGUCACUAACAUCAAGAAGUUGCUGAAGUUUAACUUGCUGAACCCCCUCAUCCUCAUUGUUGCCUUCUUCCCCUUCAUGGGUCCUGUACUUGAGAAGAUGGGAUUUUCUUUUUUCCCAUCGUCUGUCACAGACUUCUUCUACGCUGCACUGCAGAAGAUUAAAUCUAAUCGAGAAAACAGCAAGCAAAAGAGUCGGGUGGAUUUCCUUCAGCUGAUGAUUGACUCCCAGAAAAACAAUGACUCCAGUGGCGGAGCACAGGAUAAAGGUUUAAAUGAUCACGAAAUCCUUUCUCAAGCUAUGAUUUUCCUCUUUGCUGGGUAUGAAACAAGCAGCAGUUCUCUCACUUUCUUGGCCUACAAUCUGGCUAGAAACCCCCAUAUCAUGAAACGGCUGCAGGAGGAGGUAGACUCCACCUUCCCAAACAAGGCUCCUGUCCAGUACCAGGAACUGAUGCAGAUGGAGUACCUCGACAACGUCAUUAACGAGUCUCUGCGUUUGUACCCCAUUGUGGCACGUGUGGAGCGCGUUGCCAAGGCAUCUGUGGAGAUAAAUGGCAUUGUGAUUCCAAAAGAUAUGGUUGUCAUGGUACCCACAUGGCCCCUGCACCAGGAUCCUGACGUGUGGCCCGAACCAGAGGAGUUCAAACCAGAGAGGUUCAGUAAGGAAAACAAGCAGACUAUUGACCCGUACACGUACAUGCCUUUUGGAGCGGGGCCAAGGAACUGCAUUGGGAUGCGAUUUGCUCUUGUGAUGAUGAAACUAGCAGUGGUGGAGAUCCUGCAGAGGUUCAGCUUCCGUAUGUGUAAGGAGACAGAGGUGCCCUUGGAAAUGGAUGCCCAGGGCCUGCUGGCGCCAAAACGACCCAUCAAAUUGAUGCUGGAGGCACGUUCUGAGCAGUCAAACUAAAUAACCAACAAGAUAAAGGAUUAUAAUUUCAGUUGUAUUCUACACAGACAUAUAAUCUAUAAAACUAUUUGAACAUUAUUACUGUUUCAUUAUGCUAUCACUUGUCUGUACCUCUGUGUAUUUAGUAUUUCUGUUCUUAUUUCUCUUUUAAUUUUUUUACCAAAACUAAACCAAGUGUCAAACACAUAAUCUCUCUUGCUUUUGUCAACAAUAAAGCACUUU